AUGGUGUUGCGUGAUCACAGCAACAACAUGUUGAACUGUACUCUUUGGGAAUCAUAUGCGGAUCAGUUCAUCAGGUUUAACAAAGAAAGGGUUGAUGCAUCCCUUCCUACAAUUGUGUUGCUUCAGUAUGCCAAAUUCAAAGAAGAAGGAAAGUAUCCUCUGUCUGUGACAAACACCUAUAAUGUGACCGUUUUAUGUGUUGAUGCUGAUUUCCCUCUCAUGAAAGACUUUUUAGACAAGUAUGUUGUUACUGAAAGCAUAGUAGCUUUAUCUGAUCAGCUUGGAUCAAAUUCCCAAUUAUCCUCACAGAAUUCUGAAAAUUCUCAGCUUUCUCCCGUGCAAAAAUUGUUGUCGAAGGCUGUGGUUCUACCGAUUGCUGACAUUAUUCAACUGAGGGAUAUUACAUUUUGUGCUACUGUCGCUACCACAAAAUUAUUGGUCGCCUCUCCAUUCGGAUGGUACUAUCGUGCCUGCCAUAUUUGUCAAUCUAUAGCACGUGGCGACAAAGCUCCCUUUGAGUGUGAGACUGGUCAUGAAACCAUGGCUGAAAUCUUUAGGUAUAAGAUUGAGAUUGAAGUUGCACAUGGCGGUUACAGCUGCAAUUUUGUCUUCUGGAACAGAGAAUGUGAAAUACUCUUGGGUUUAUCUGCAGCUCAACAUCAUGACACUAUGAUCAAGGCCAGAAUUAUUGAUCCGUUGGACUUCCCAUUAGCCCUUGAUCAGAUGUUGAAUUUGGAAAUGGCUAUGAAGGUUAAAUGGAAUCCACGCUGGAAGAAUUGUUCAGUCGUUAUGCUUAUAAAAAAUGACCCUAUUAUUCAGCAACUUAAGGAAAAUUGGGGAAACAAUGAGAGUGUUGAUGAGGCCAAGAUAGCUGCACUUGAGGACUGUGAAGUGGUUACUGACAUUGAAAUUACUUCUGAGCACAAACCUGAUGCUGUCACCCCUAUUGGUAAGAGGCAUUUUCCUGGUGCAUCAACAGAGUCGACAACUUUGGAAGGAUUAUGCGAUGGAGAACUCUCAUCAAACAUGUGA